AUGCCUACACCAUACAUCCUCUUCUGCUCAGACAUGAGAUCCAAGGUCAAGAGUGACAACCCAGGAAUGUCGUUCGGAGAUGUUGCAAGAACCUUAGGAAAGCUUUGGAAGGAACUUCCUGAGGAAAAGAAGAAAGAGUAUAAGGAGAAGUCAGACGCUGACAAGGAAGCCCACAAGAACGAUCCUAAGCCAGAAAAGAAGUCUAAAAGAAGCCCAAAGAAGGAUAAGCCAAAGAGUUCAGAGGAAGAUGAGAAUCAGGAAGAAUGA